AGGUAUCAAAGAUCCGAAACGAUUCAUCGAUUCAACGAAUCGACGAUGUAACUACACGACUUUAACGAGCGUAAUAUGUCUGAUUGCAGUGAGGGAGGUUACGUUGUCCGAGCUCAGGGACUCGAUAGCGAGGUUACGGGAGAGAGUGAAGCUCGUAUGCCGAACGAGGGGUUCUCCGCCCCCAAGGGUGCACUGGCUGAAAGACGGUAUACCGCUGCACCCUCGAAGAGGCCUCAGGAUUCAACACAAACGGCGGAGAUCGAAAGUGGUGAUAUCCUCCGCGAAACCCGAGGACAGCGGCAGAUACGAGUGCGUAGCGGAGAGUACUUCCGGUCAUCGAGCCUCACUCGCGGCCCAGCUUCUAGUCGCUCACGAUACGAGAGUUUCGGAAACCACGACAGCGGCCUGGCCGAGGCAGGAGCAGCCGUGUCCGAUAGCUGGAGACUUCUGCAUGAACGGUGGUACCUGCCUGUUUUUCGAGACCGUCGGUGAACCAGCAUGCAGAUGCGCGGAAGGCUUCACGGGUCUGCGGUGCGAGACGAAGGACGUCAUCAGCACCGGAAGUGUGUACAACCGGCGUAGGGCGCCGUUUUCCUGCAAGCUGGGACUAUCGACCUCGUACUACUGCUAGCGAUAAUCGCGCGGGGCCCUUCCAUUCCGAGUAGACCCUUUUCUAACGUUGAACUCGGUGUACUCGGUAUAGUCGGUCGAAACAGCCUUUCGAGCCCACGAGAAGAAUGUCGUGAGAGGGCCAACGCGCGACCAAAAUAACAAACGUGGAGGCGAUUGUAAUAACGCGAUCGAUCUCGAGAUCGAGCGAAAUAUAUCUGCGAACGGAAACGCAGCGAAAUACACGACGAGAACAUUGAACAGGGGAAUAGGAAAAAAAAAA